AUGGCAGUGAAUGCCAAAACGACGGGGUGGUUCGGUAUAGGCAUCUCCGAGAUUGGAUCCAUGGUGGGCUCAGAUGCCCUCGUCGCAUGGGUCGCACAGUCCGACGCCCGCGCGUAUGCGACGGAUCGCUUCAUCUUCAACAAGACGACCGAAGGAAUCGUACUCGACGACAAGCAGGACUGGCACGUGCUGGGCGGCAGCCAGACCACGAACCAAUCCACAGGCGACACGUGGACCACCGUGCACGUGUGGCGCCAACUGGACACGGGCGACUGCAACGACCGCCCGAUCAUUCCCGGGAAGCUUCACAACAUCAUCUGGGCCAUGGGCGCCACGACUGACGUCAGCUAUCACAGUUCCGACCGCGGCGCUUCCGCGCUCGUGCUCGCUCCUGCCCCAGGCCCGUCCAUUCUCGCUCCUGCGCCUCCCCCCUCCGCCUCCUCCUCCGCGUCCGCUGCGUCGCUGGCUGCGCCGCAACAGGCAGGGAAGCAGCAGCAGCAGGAGAGCAUGCUGAAUUUCACGUUCACGAAUUACCGGCUGCCAACCGACUUCACGACCUAUCGCUGCAAGGUGGUGGACAUUCCUCUCAAGGCCAAGACUCAUGCGGUUGAGUGGGGUGCCAUUCGCAACUCCACCGACAUCUCAGCCGUCCAUCAUGCCGUCAUCUACGGCUGCAAACCCAAGGAGUACGCCAAUCUCACUGCAAGGAGUGCGGGGGCCGACUUUGACUGCCCGCACCAGUCCGACACGCUAUGCCCCACCACUGUCGCCGUGUGGGCUGUGGGCGGCAGACCCUUCACCUUCCCGCCCAAUGUCGGCUACCCCAUCGGCCCGGGCUACUUCACCAAGUUCGUGCUGCAGGUGCAUUUCACCAAUCCCAAGGGCCGCGCUGACCUCAUCGACAGCUCUGGGCUGUACCUGAAGCUGGCGCCGUCGCUGCGCCCCAUGGACGCGUCCAUCAUGCUCACGGGGCCCGCCUCCUACGAGUAUCUCAUCCGCAUUCCCCCCGCCAUGCCCUCGUGGACGCAAGUCAGCUCGUGCGCCAGCCAGUGCACCUCUGACGUGUUCCAGAACGAGAGUGUGAAGAUCAUUGGGUCCUUUCUGCACCUGCACACGCUGGGACGACAGUUAUACACGGAUGUGUUCAGAAAAGGCAGCAAAGUCGCCACCAUCAGCCGCCAGGACUACUACGACGUUGCAUCGCAGCAGACCAUUCCCGUCACGCCAGAGUUUGAGCUGCUGCCAGGGGACGAGCUGCGCACCUCCUGUGUGUGGGACUCCACCGAGCGCACCAACGUGACGGUGGGAGGGCCAUCCCCAGAAGACGAGAUGUGCAUUGACUACCUCAUCUACUACCCCGCACGCCGGUACUACUACUUCUUCCCAUGCACAGGGAGCAGCAGGGUCAAGGGAUGGACGAGUGCUACGCCUGCUAUGCAUCCGCAUCGUAAAGACACACUGGGCAUGGACCUCAACAGCCCCGCGUUCCGCUUACACCCACCCCCUUCCCCUCCCCCGUCCAUCCCCUUCCCCUCCCCCGUCCACCCUCCUUCCCCUCCCCCGUCCUUCCCCUUCCCCUCCCCCAUUCACCCUCCUUCCCGUCCCCUUCUAGAGAUGGCUGCAUGCCAUGACCUUGAUGAACAGAUGAACGUGUGUUAUGACUUCUGUGCGUCAUAUGAGAACGACACGUGGAGCAUGGACCCAAACAGCCCCACGCUGUCGACGUUCUACGUGUGUGGCGGGUCCAACGUCAUCCCCUCUUACAAGCCCUGCAAGAUCACAUUCGGUGCCAACACGCCCAAGAAAGUCGUCAAUGGCUGUCCUGCUCAGAACCACGCAUCACUGGCAGACAUUCCUUCUGACACCAUCUCUGCACCGCUCUCCGCCAACGCACCACCUGUGCCCGCUGCUGCGCUCCCUCCUCCUACCGCUGCUGCUGCUGCUUCAUCACCCCCAGCAACAGCUCUGGCAAGGCAACACAAGCAUCAGUUCACAGUGGCAGUGCCAGUGCACUGGUGGCUGUAA